CUAAAUGGAGUUGUUCCCCUUCGACUAACGGACGUCGGAGAGAAAGAGGAGGAUAAAGAAUACUAAGAUGGCACAAAUAAAGAUUAGACCAGUAUUGAAGCAACUACCAAACUAGGUAUGCGAUAUUAACAGAGAGCAUAUAUUUCUCCUGGAGAUACCAUGGGAACUCCUUCAAAGGAGAAAUGUUAUUUAAAAAGUUUGCAGUACGCUCCUGAACUCUUGAAACAGUUAAACAACCUCCGCCAAGAGCAGGUUUUUACUGAUGCCACCUUGUGUGUUCAACAUGAAGAGAUUUACUGCCACCGCAUUAUUCUGGCAGCCAGCAGUCCAUAUUUUCGUGCCAUGUUUUCACACAACUUACGAGAGGGGCGUGACUACAGAGUCUCAUUUCAGGAGGUGUCACCGUGGACUAUGAAACGUUUAAUUGAAUAUGUCUAUACGGGAAACCUGGAAAUAACAACAGAGAAUGCUCAGGAGCUGUUGUCUGCGGGAAGCUUGUUUGAAUUUCCUGCCAUUGUGUCAGCAUGCUGUGAUUUUCUCAAGCAACAACUGCAUGUCAGUAAUUGUUUAGGGAUAGAAGAAUUUGCCAUGAUCCAUUCAUGUAAGAAAUUGCAGGAUGAUGCUCACAAGUAUGCUUUAGAAAAUUUCAGUAGUGUUGUGGAGAGUGAUGAAUUCCUUCACUUGAGUUUAAAUCGUCUGAAAGAAUACAUUGCGAGUGAUUGGAUCGAAGUACAGGUGGAGGAUACUGUAUACGAGGCUGUUAUGAGGUGGGUGAAUUAUGACAUUGAUGAAAGACGCCGCGAUUUAUGUGAACUUUUGGAGGAGGUCAGACUUCCUGUCAUAGAUUUAAACAAAUUGACAAUAAUUGAGCACAAUCCUCUUAUAAGGAGCAUGCCCAAUUGUCUUAAGCUUGUGAUGGAGGCCAAGGAACAGCAUGAGUCCAUACAUGACCAACAUGGCCGAAGAAGACGCAGUAUGCAGAACUCCCAGGUCCAUCCCCGUCCAUCCACUGUUGCCACGGAGAAACUGGUGGUAAUCGGAGGUCAAGGAACAAAGUCAAUGGAGAUGUAUGACCCCCAGAAGGAUAAAUGGUUUGAUCUUCCAUCUUUUCCAAAGUCAGUGACAUCCUUUAGUGUUUGUGCUGUAUCAAAUUCAAUCGUAGUGACAGGAGGAAUACUUGAGAACCGUAUCAUUUCUGAAGUUUGGAAAUUUGACAGUGUAAAACGAGUAUGGUUGGAAAUGCCCCCUCUUCUUAAACCUCGAGCUCAACAUUCAUCAGGGGUUCUGCAAGAAAAACUUUUUGUUCUAGGUGGCAUUACGUAUGAAACAACCUCAUCUUGCAAAGAUUUAGAUACAAUAGAGAGUUACGAUUCCAGAAUUAAAGCAUGGACAGUAGUGGGACAUUCUCUUUUUCCUAGGAGUAUUUCAAGGAUUGUCUCUCACAACGAUGCCCUGGUAGAGGUUGGGGGGCUUCAAGCUGGAGUGAAAGUGAAAACCAUAGACAGCUAUAUGCUGAGUGAAAAUGGUAAGAUGAAGUCCACAGGGGAGCAGUUCAUCUUACCAGACGCCAUACAGUUUGCUCAAAUAGUUGUGAUUAAUGGGAUAUUUUAUAUCAUCUGGGAAGAUUCUAAGAAAAUGAUAGCUUUGAAUCCUCAGAAGCGGACAUUCCAGACACUAGCAGACUUGCAUUAUUCUCACAAAUAUAGUGGGGCCACUGUUCUAGGGGACAGAAUUUAUCUGACAGGAGGAUUGGUCGAUUCACGGCCCAGCAAUAUUGUGGAGUGCUAUGACCCCAACACCAAUACCUGGACCAUUGAAAAAACCAUGAAAGAAUGCCGUGCCUUUCAUGGUUGUGCCACAAUUCAGCUGUGAUCUUGACUCUUAGUUGUGAUUGAAAAAAAAACAAUAUCCUUAGUCUCAUAAAAUUGCAUAUCUUGUUAACUGCAUACCUCUAAUGAUAAAUUUUUGGCACAAUAUUUGAAUGCACCAUACUUUUAUUUGUUUAUUUCUAAUAUUCCAAGUUUUUUGACUUGAAAAAGUGUGUUAUUUCACAUGAAGGUAUUGAAAUGAAGCUCUGGUGCCAUGAAUAUUCUCAAUAUUUGCCAUAUUGCAUAUUUUUCUUUUUGGUUAGGCCUUAGUUUCAAUUAUACAUUCUUUAAUUCUCAAACAAAAUAUUCAUGAAUAAAGUGAGAAUUAUGCAUCAAA